AUUUAGUAUUUUCAUUUGUGCAGAACGAUUUCUAAAUUCUGAAAUGUUUAAAUAUUUAAUAUUCCUUGCCUUUGUGAUAGGAUCUGAAAGUGUUGUUGUUAAUACUCAAUAUGGGCCAAUAAUAGGAGCACAUCGAGUCUCGGAUCUUGGAAGAAAUUAUUUUAGCUUUCAAAGGAUUCCUUACAUGAAACCACCAAUUGGAACGCGGCGGUUUACAAAUGCAGAAGUUCCUGAUACAUGGACAACACCUUUGGAUGCAACUCAAGAAGGUCCGCGUUUUCCACAAAUUGAUUUAACGUUUGAAAUUAUGGGUGGAGUAUUUUCGGGUGAUUUAGAUUCAAUGCACAUCAACAUUUAUACAAAUAAUCUAAAUCCACUUGUCAAAUAUCCGGUCAUGGUUUGGAUUCAUGGUGGUGGUUUUAGAACUGGAUCAGGUGGGACGGCACUCUACGGUCCAGAUUAUUUCAUCGAACGAAACAUUAUCUUAGUGACAUUCAAUUAUCGUUUACAUGCUUUUGGGUUUCUCAGCUUAGACGAUCCCGAACUUGAAAUUCCAGGAAACGCUGGAAUGAAAGACCAAGUUCUAGCACUCAAAUGGAUUAAAGAAAACAUUGAAAUGUUUGGCGGUGACUCAUCCAACAUUACAAUUUUCGGACAGUCAUCGGGUGGAGGGUGCGCACAUUAUCACAUAGUCUCAGACGCUUCAAGAGAUCUUUUCCAAAGGUCGAUAAUUAUGGCUGGCAGCGCUUUCAAUAACAUGUACGCUGUGAUUCCGAGAAGAAAUUGGGCAUUGAGAUUGAGUCGUGCUUUAAACUACACAGGCCCUGAAAAUGAUCGAGAUGUGUUAAGAUUUUUAGAAGUUGCUGAUCCCGAAGAUAUAUUCAAUGUACUUCCCACUUUAAUGACGCCUGAAGAACGAAAUGACGAGAGAUUGUUAAAUGCUUUUGGACCUACAAUCGAACCUUACGACUCAGGAAAUGCAUUUCUUCUCGAUCAUCCUGAAAAUUUAGCGCCGAAUAGUUGGGGAAAUAACAUUGACAUUUUAAUAGGCGCAAAUUCAUUUGAAAAUGGUGCACUUGCGAAUGUCAUUCAAUUUGUGCCCGGAGCAAUUGAUGAGUUUAGUGAUUUUGCAACUUUUGUACCGUCAAAUCUUAACUUUGAUGCUGAAGUUCGUAGAGAUCAUGGAGAUAGAUUACAAGAAGUUUAUUAUGGUUUAUUGCAACCAACGCCAACCAAUCCUGAUGGACUUAUUUAUAUGACUGGGGAUUUCGCUUUUUGGCAUUCGGUUCAUCGAAUUGUGAAACAAAGAUGGGAAGCGAAUGCAGCUGGUGCAACUGGUCGUUCAUUUGUCUACAGAUACGAUGCGAAUACUGAUAACAACUGCUUCAGCAGACUCAACUUAGUGAAUCCAAUUUAUAGAAGUCCAAUUCAUAUGGACGAAUUGUGUCAUUUGUUCAAAGUUAGUUUUGCUCCAGUGGUGGAGUUUAAUUCAACUGCUUGGAAUGUGACUCAAGAUAUGUUGGAUAUUUUCACAAGCUUUUCCGCUGAUGCUUAUCCAGGUUGGGAACCAUCAACAGAUGGCGACAUGCCGCCAUUAUAUGGCAAGAAUAUUCGAGAAACGGGACACACUGUUGGAGUUCUUCCAGAAGUCACUGUGAGAAUGGAUGUUUGGGAUAGUUUCUAUUUUAGUGACGCUUCAAUCAUUGAAAGCUUUAAUAUUUUAUUGUGCACUCCAUUCUCAUCAACACUUUUAAUUGGUGAUUAUCCAAAGCUUUUCCAUCGUAAAAGUUUUCAUAAAUCACAUCAAUUCGAUUUCAUUAAUAAAGUUCCACUUUUGUCGGAGAAAAAUCAGUCGGGAAGUGGAAGUUCGUCAAUGUGUCUCGAAAGAUCUUCGCAGUACCUCCACCCACGAUCUACCAACAAAGUUCUUAUUCCGUCAUGGCGCGUCUAUGAAAAGAAAAUGUUACGUUUCUAUGGAUACUUCAAGGAAACUCUUCCUGAAACUCGAACUCCUUAUCAGAUCAGAAGAAUCAAAUUAAUUUACUUCCUUGAAGACGACACCAUUCAAAUCAUAGAACCGCUCAGUGAUUCUGGAGUUGUCAAUGGUUGUCUUGUGUCACGUCAAAGAAUUAUGAAACCAGCACCUUUCAAUACCGAACAUAUCACAUUGCUUGACUUGAAUGUCAAUGAAACGAUACGUUUACUCGAUCGUGUUUAUCACAUCACAGAUUGCGAUAAGUUUACAAGAAAUUUUCUUCAACGACUUGGAAUUUCAGUGUCAGCAUCGGUAGAAAUUCCCGUUGAUCCGACAACAGAACUUCGACGAAGAGAGAAGGAAAGUAUGAUCCCAAAACAUCCAUUCCCAAAAGACUUCAAAUUUGCAAAGUUUCUCCAAAACGACAGAAAAGUUUUGCGAUUUUCCGGCUAUUGGGACGACACGAAAUCGGAAAAUGGCGACAUUCGCGUGCUUGAUGUUCUUUAUCAUCUUGCUGAUGAUACGUUUGAAAUAAAAGAGAAACUGCCAUUGAAUUCUGGUCGUCAAUCUAAUGGAAUGCUUUUAAAACGUGGAAAACUUCCAAGGUAUGCGUGCAAGAUUCGUGACGUUGGCGAAGAUAAUUUCACAGUUUUAAAUAUACUCGGUCGAGAUUCAUUGAAAGGUCGUUUCAUUCGUGAUUGUUUAGAUAUAAAGAUUGAUGACGAAACUUCAACUUAUUAUAAUGAACAUGAUUUAGCAAUUGGAAAAGUUAUCAACGUUUUUGGACGUAACGUUCAAUUGACAGAUUGCGAUGGGUCUACAAGAGAGUUCUAUCGACAGAAAUAUGGAAUUGAAGACUUCCAACCAAUUCCUAUUCCGAGACAUUCUCAAAAAUGUAUGAAGCUUAAUGAAGAUUCAAAGGAGAUGCCACCAUUCAAUGGUUGGGGAUCUUACGAGGAUUCGGAAGGAAACUGUCUUGGCAUUGAACCAAAAUCACCGAAAAUUGACUUCAAGAAAUUUCUAUCUUAUGAUAAACUUGUUCUUCGUUUUGGUGCAAAAAUGAUUUCAAAUGUUCGGGAAAAUAAUGAUCGUCGAUUUAACAUAACUUAUCAUUUAGCUAAUGAUACGAUAUCAGUUUAUGAACUUCCAUGUCGAAACUUUGGAUUUGGUGCUGGAGAAUUCUUUGGAAAAUCAAAAUUUUACUUGCCUGGUCAAGAUAAGUUCACAAGUGACCGUCCAAUAGCUUACAGAAGUCAAGACUUUUACUUGGGGGCAACAGUGAACUUGCGAAACUUUUCUUUCAAAAUUAUUUCUGCAGAUUUAUUUGCAUUAAAAUUUAUGGAAGAUCACAAGGAGUUGUAUCCUUUGUCACAUCCAACAAUCAUUCUUACAAAAAUUCGUGACAGACUUCGUCCUAUCUAUAAAGAUUUUGUCGCAAGAUUUAUGACUAAGGUGAAAGUGUCUGAGAAAGGCGAGUUCAUUUGCUAUGAAGACUUCAAAAACUUCUUGAAAGAUCUUUUGAAUGAUGAAAUAGUUGAACAUGAAAUUGUUACACUUUGUCGUUACUUUGCUAUUGAAAUUGAUGAAGAUUCUCUUCAAUCUCAAAGACUUAAUCUGCGUUCAAUUGUUCAAGCUGAAAUUAUUCGUGAAUUGUGGGAUGACAUGGAUCGUACCAAGGAGUUAAUCUUCCACCUGAAUCCGGAUAACAUUGAAUAUAUUAGUAAAGAAAAGCUGUUGACUGUCAUCCGAGGAUGUCGCAUUCCAUUGGACAUCGCAAUUAUACAACAAAUGUUUGAUGUGUUAAAUCAAAAUGAAUGCCAUGAGAUUAAAUUAAAAGAUUUCUUCUAUUUUAUUGAUGCGAAAAGCUGCAAAGCACCGCCAAUUCCGCCAGUAAAUCCAAAGAAACAAGAAGUUGGCUUUGCACCUGACAAAGGAAGUCUCAUCGAUUGGAAGAAUUUCAUUUGUCACAUUAAUUUAGAAGAAGAAUUAAGAAAUUCUGGAGAUUAA